GCCCAAGAAGGACGGCGGCCAUCUUGCGCGGAGCCGGAGUCGGACUCUGAGACUGCGACCUGCGGCGCCCGGGAGCCCCUGUCCUUUCUCUUCUACGGUGUAUCUUCGCCGCAGCCCCACGAGAUCCUUGGUCCACCGCUUCUCUGCGCUCGGCCUCGGCCCGGCCCUCCGACCCUCUGCCCGGCCCGGUCAGGCCUCGCCACGGGGUCACGCGCGGCCGCCCUGAGGACGAUGAACGGAGGAUAAAUGGUGCCUAAGGCAGACAGCGGUGCCUUCUUGCUGCUCUUUCUGCUCGUGCUCACCGUCACCGAGCCGCUGCGGCCAGAGCUGCGGUGUAACCCUGGGCAGUUUGCCUGUCGCAGUGGUGCCAUCCAGUGCAUCCCCCUCUCUUGGCACUGUGACGGCUGGCCGACUUGUGCGGAUGAGAGCGACGAAGCCGACUGUCCAGAAGUAACCAGGGAGUCACGGCCUUACCAUGGAAAGGAGUCUGUGGACCUGCGACAAGGGCGAGCCAGAGGUGGUGACCCUACACACUUCCAUGCAGUGAAUGUGGCACAGCCUGUCCGCUUCAGCAGUUUCCUAGGGAAGUGCCCAACAGGAUGGCAUCACUAUGAAGCCAGCUGCUACCGGGUUUACCUGAGUGGGGAGAACUACUGGGAUGCCGCACAGACCUGCCAGCGUGUGAAUGGCUCCCUCGCCACCUUCUCUACUGACCAGGAGCUUCGCUUUGUCCUGGCCCAGGAAUGGGAUCAGCCCGAACUGGUCCCAUUUGGUUGGAAGGAUCAGCGCAAGCUGUGGGUUGGCUAUCAGUAUGUUGUUACUGCCCGGAACCCUUCCUUAGAAGGCCGAUGGGAGGUGGCAUUCAAAGGCUCCUCGGAGGUGUUCCUGCCCCCAGACCCUACCUUUGCAUCAGCCAUGUCUGAGAACGACAAUGUGUACUGCGCCCAGCUGCAGUGCUUCCACUUCCCGACACUGCGGCACCACGACCUCCACAGCUGGCAUGCUGAGAGCUGCUACGAGAAGUCCUCGUUUCUUUGUAAAAGGAGUCAAACAUGUGUUGACAUCAAGGACAAUGUGGUGGAUGAAGGCUUCUACUUCACCCCCAAAGGGGAUGAUCCAUGCUUGAGCUGCACCUGCCAUGGAGGGGAGCCUGAGAUGUGCGUGGCCGCCCUCUGCGAGGGUCCCCAGGGCUGUCAGCAGUAUCGUAAGGAGCCUAAGGAGUGCUGCAAGUUCAUGUGUCUGGACCCAGAUGGCAACAACCUGUUUGACUCCAUGGCCAGCGGUAUGCGCUUGGUGGUCAGCUGCAUCUCGUCCUUCCUCAUCCUCUCGCUGCUGCUUUUCAUGGUCCACCGGCUGCGCCAGAGGCGCCGGGAGCGCAUCGAGUCACUGAUUGGAGCAAACUUACACCACUUCAACCUUGGCCGGAGGAUCCCUGGCUUUGACUACGGCCCAGACAGGUUUGGCACUGGCCUCACCCCACUCCAUCUUUCUGAUGAUGGGGAAGGCGGGACUUUCCACUUCCACGACCCUCCGCCUCCCUACACAGCUUACAAGUACCCGGAUAUCGACCAGCCCGAUGACCCACCACCACCCUAUGAGGCCUCGAUCAACCCGGACAGUGUGUUCUACGAUCCUGCAGAUGACGAUGCCUUUGAUCCUGUAGAGGCUGGCCCGCCAACUCCAGGGGAUGGUAGCAGUGAAGGUGCAUUGCCUCAGUGCCUGGAACAGCCUCUGCCCCCUUUGGAGACCUCCCUGGCAGACCUGGAAGACUCUGCAGACAGCAGCAGUGUCCUGCUCAUGCCCCCUGACCCUACUCAGAGUGGGAACACCCCAGCCGCAGAGGCAUCACCAGGAGGUGGCCGCCCCAGUCUUGGCUCCCUCAAUACUGUAGUAUAGACAGCCUAGCCCAUGACUCCAAUGGGCUGAGAGUACCUGUUUGCUGUCGAGAAAACACUAGUCCCUGUGGGACACUUGAAGGGGCCCUGCUGCAGCCUGGACCCUGCUCCACUGCCGCACACCCACCAGCUGGUGUGCGUGUAUAUAGAGACCGCAGCUGCCUCUGUCCAAGGGGCAAGCACCCGCACCAAGUUUCCUUGAGGGCUUCACAAACAUGCACAGCUUUGGGUCAGUGUCUCUUUAAAUGGCAGAAGAAUGAUGGUGUGUGCCCACACCACACAUUUCAGGAGGAGGGAAGAGCAGGCACUAUGGGAACAGAAGGCCCCAGGGGUAGGGCUGGGCCGGGGCCAUCUGUGAACAGUCAGUACUGUUGAGGCAGUGGGUAUGCUCCCAGGGAGACAGCCUUAGAUGUGCUACAUUGGCUGUUCUGGGAGUGGCCCUUCCAGGUUCAGCUGUGAACAUCAAAGACCAGGGCCCUGAGAAGAAGGUUGAAAACUUGCAUCUUCUUUCACAGAACCCAGCUGUGUGGCGGGAGGCCUGAGCCCAGCCCUCCCAUCUCUCCCCAACACUGUUGUGCAUGGCUCCCCCUGGAGUAGGCUCUGCACCCCCAUUGAAGAUGUGGGGCUAAACUGGUAUUGUGCCCCACCUUCUGGGCCCCACCUCUUGUUGGAUGGCCCCUGGGUCUGGUCUGCCCCCACCCCACAUUUGUGCCAUAAAGGGUUGUUUCCUUCAAGGAAGGGGUGGCUGAACUGAGUAUCCCAGGCUGUGUCCAUCUCCUGAAAGUCCACUUCCUGCACCACUGCCACCACUAGAGCCCAGUACCUGGUGGCUGCAUGCACGCCUCCCUCCCUCAGCAGCCUUAGGUGCUUGGGGGCCUUUUGCUUGAGGGUCCCUGAGGCCUAACACAGGCCUUUACCAUUUCUGAGGUUUGGAGAUUAAGCGGGUUCUGUGCGAUUUUUAGCACAUCAUAUCUUUUCUACGUUGAAUGUCUGGAUCUCUUCUUUUGUGUGUGUGUGUGUCUGUGCGUGUCUGUAUAUGGCCAAAUGUUUGCAGGUGGUAGUUCAUAGGAACUCAGAGUGGGGCAGGGCCCUGCUGCUCCAGCUCUGACAUUUUGUCUUGGGCUCCACUGGGAUGGAACUGUGCCUAAAAUCCUGCUCUUCGCCCAUGAUCCUUGCGUGAGAGAGCCUUAUCCCACUAAGGAAUAUCAGUGGGGAAAAGUCAUUGACACACUUGGUUCUGUGGAGCUCAGCCCAAUUGCAGGCACUUUGUAAAAGGGGAUCUCAAGUUGCCCAGACAUAAGCUCUGACCAAGAGCUGACUGGAGGUAUGUUUUUGUUAUUGAACAGCCUGUCCCUGGGCUCGGCCCAUAGGAACCAGAUGCUACAGUGUAUGCCUCCCUUGCCAAAAGGCUGCUGCUUAGAAUGACGUUAUGGCCGUGAGGUCCUUAUGUCCACCAGAGAAUAAAGCAGGCCUCUGUACACAGGUUCUGAGAGCCCCAAGAGGGUUCUGAGGACCACUCCAGCAAAGCUCCACUGGGACCUACCUCCAGCAACUGAGAGGGGGCCUCCUAGGCCUCAGAAAUGUGCAGGGCAGGGCAGCUGGCGCAGUGGGUGUGGGACUAAGAAGCUUGCUCUGGGGACCGGAGGAGUGUUAGAGCCAAGCAGGCAGGUAGGGGGGGCAGUGAGGAAGAGAGACCCGAAACGGACUGUGGGGACUGCAGAGGUGUGCUUGCUUCAGGGCUGGCAAGAGUGUUCUCAGGGUUGCCAGUGGGUGUUUCUCAGUUGGGGAAGCAUCACGGUACCCAGGCCUGGCACCAGAUGCUUAACCCACUGCCAUCCUGAGGCUGGCAGAAGGCCUGUGUGCAGGGCUGCUCAGACCACCAGCUGCUCUGGCUCCGGGAGCCAUGCUCUUGCCGGGAACAGUUGUGAGGGAAGCAAGGAGAGCUGGGGUGUGCCCAUUUGUUCUUACCUGUCCUCUGCCACCUCUGCGAGAUUUCCCCUCUGAGGUCUGAUGAAGAGGAGUGGCCUUUGCUGAGACGUGUUCCUGUAGGAGACUGCCCCUGCUCACCCCACAUACUAGGGACAGUCCAAGCUCCUGGGAGGGACCCCUUCCCCAGGACUGCCUUGGCACUGUUUCUGACCAGGUGCCCUCUGACCUGCCUUGUGGAGGUGGCAUUUGAUACUGUACAUUGUCUCAAUGCCUGUUUUUACUUUUCCUUUCACUAAGGGUUUUAGUUCGGGUGUAUUUUUCGUCUGGUUGGCACUAAUCCUUUUCUUAAGAUGCUGUGAGAACCAUUUCAUCCAAAUGCCAAAUAAACUUGUGUUCUGGAA